AUGUGCAACAACCCCGCCACUUUCAGUUGUUCCAGCUGCCAUUGUCGCCCCCUCUACUGCAGCAAGUCCUGCCAACGUGCUGACUGGAAACUCCACAAACUUCUCUGCAGCUCUCGACCCUCGUUCGAAACGCCUCCAACUGCCUCCUCGCGGCGCGCAAUUGUCUUCCUCACGAACGGCGAGAUAAAUUUCACUUGGGAAACAACCGAAAUGGUGGCCGACGAUGAGUCGGACGACGGUGGAAGCUGGGAGUCCCCUGUCGGCCUUGAAAAGUACUUUGAUGGCAAGCGCCCAAAUAUACAGACGUUCUAUGGUAACUCAGUGCGUGGGCGCAAGCUCAAGGACCAUAUCGAUCUGCGUUAUAAUGAUGAUGCUAUGUUGGACGGUUCAGAGAAGAAUUUGGCGGUGUGUAAAGUUGUGCCGGGCAUGGAUGAUGGCGGGGCUGUAUGGCGGGCUCCCUUGGUGGCGUUGAAGCAGACAAACAGUUGGCUUAAUAGUGAACAGAGAUCGCGGGUGAACGAGACACCUGGCUAUGGACACCUGGAUAUGGGGGAUUUUAGAGAGGUAGUGGACUAUCUGACAGGUUGGAAACGGGCGACGGUAAGCUACAACAAUUUAACUCAGCCGCGGGAGACGUACUCACGCAAUUCUUUUUGA